AUGGAUUCAUUGUCACUCAACAGAGCAGCUCUCGAUGAGUUCGUCACUACCCGAGUCACUCGGGAAAUGGUGGCACACCUGGCUCAACAGGCAUCUCAGGUCAUUCGCUGUGAGGCGCAUGUGACCAACACCGUCAACCAGAACGGCCAACCUACACCACCAUCCACCCCUCCAAUGGACCACUCAGACCUCCCUGCCCUGCCCUCAAUCGAGGCCUUCAUCGGCUCACUCGUGGCUCGGUCACAGGUGCAGGUGCCCACUCUCAUGAGCUGUCUCGUCUACCUCGGUCGUCUUCGUGCCCGUUUGCCCCCAGUCGCAAAGGGGAUGCGCUGCACUGUCCACCGCAUCUUCCUCGCCUCACUCAUCCUCGCCGCAAAGAACUUGAAUGACUCCAGCCCCAAGAACAAACAUUGGGCCCGUUACACCGCAGUGAAGGGAUUCGAAGGAUUCGGCUUCUCCGUCCCCGAGGUCAACCUCAUGGAACGCCAGCUCCUCUUCCUACUUGAUUGGGACCUGCGCAUCACCGAACAGGACCUCUUCACCUAUCUCGAGCCCUUCCUCGUUCCCCACCGCCAGCGUCUCAUUGCCCAAGAGCAAGAGCGCAUGGCCGAAGAGGAAUACCUCCACAAACAACAACAACAACACCGCGAAUGGCGCCGUCUCCACGCAUCAGCGGACCUGCUGGCCAGCCGCCUCCGCCGCCAAAAGCUCGAAGCCCGCAGUGAGACCCGUCGUGGCAGCGACAACUCCUGCGGCGUCUCCCUAAGUGCCGAACACGACCGCUACAACCCCUACCAGCGCCAGCGCGCAUCCCCCAACCGAAUCAACCGCUCUGUGUCCCCACCAUCCGUUCGCGACGUGCCAGCGCUCUCCCACGCCGAGACCUUCAACUCUCUCUGCUCGCGCUCGUCCAGUCUCGCCCCAAGUUCAAGAGGUACACCAGCUUCCAUCAGCACAGUUUCCUCCGGCGCCGAUGACCUCGUGGUCACAGACUCCACCCAGAGCCCGACCUCCCUCUCCCUGAACUACAGUUACGUGAACGUCCCCCACCUCGAAUCCAAGAAGUCCUUCGAGCCUAUCCGCCAGCCAUCGAAGAAGCUGAAGACCAGCAACCACGCGCACAGCGGUGGCUUCGUGGCUCGUUUCCUGGCAUCCGCAACGGGCUCGUACAUGGGUGGUCGUCGAUCUCACUAA